AUCACAGCGAAUCAAUCAGCACCGUCAAUCAGACGGUGAAUGUAGGUUCGUUUCCUAAACUGAGUCUGCCGUUUAUAAGCCCUACGUUCUCUCUCUCGCUCUCGCUCUCUCUCUCUUGUCAAAAUCUUUGAAGUGCUUGCCUGCUUGGGUUUGUUUGCGGAAACUAAUCAACAACAAUGGCAUCGAGGAUGGUUGCAAGAUUUGUGCCUCGGAGGUUCUCAAGUAGUGGAAAAAUACUUAGCGAGGAGGAAAAAGCCGCAGAAAAUGUUUAUAUCAAGAAAAUUGAGCAAGAGAAGCUUGAGAAGCUUGCACGCAAGGGCCCUAAACCAGAUGAAGCUACAGAAACUUCAGGGGGAUCCGUGGCCGAUUCCAAACCUAGUGGCUCGACCUCUUCCGCAGGUGGAGCAUCCACUGAGAGAGUAUCAACUGACAAGUACAGAAAUUAUGCAGUUGUAGCAGGUGUUGUAACUGGUUUGGGUGCUUUGGGGUGGUAUCUCAAAUCCAAUGCAAAGAAGCCUGAAGUCCAGGAUUGAGGUUGACAUGCUUUUCAGUACAGAAGAACUGCAUGCUUCGAUGGGUUAUUAAAAACUUGUUUUGGGAGAAUUGAAGGAUAGAUGAAAAAACAAUAAAGCUCUGACUUUAUACCCUGUAUUUUUGUUCGAUCUCAUAUGAUACAUUGAGUUAUUUACAAUGAUCUUUUUAUCUAUUUGUGGACAUAUUUGCAA